UUGUGCGUCUAUUGUUCUGUUAUGUUUUUAUUCGGUAGAAACGGCGUUUGUGUGUGUGUGUGUGAUGCGAGUUGAAUCGGCCGCGCGGCGGCUUCGGCUGCGGGAGAGAAGAUGGAUGGAUGGAUGUGCUCGGCGGUACGUAUCAAACGUUCGCCGCUCCCGCCUCCGCCGGUCUACGUCGCCGACAACCAAACCGGUUUCGUUUCCUCGACCGCGCGCGUUUGUGUGUGUUGUUGUUGCCGUGUGGUCGUUCGUUCGUUUUCUCGUGCGUGUGUGCGCUUCUAUAACAUUAUCGUCGUCGUCGUCGUCGUCGCACUCUCUCCUCUGACAUACACACACACACCACUAGCUCUCUCUCUCAAUCUGUCUCUUUUUUUUUCCGCCCCAGCAAACCCCUGCACCCCUACUAUCACUCUUCGUAUUUACCGCGUGUAUUCCUUACUUAAUAAUACACUCUCGUCUCUCCUGUACUCAUGUAAUAAUACAUUAUAAUACGAGCACACAGUUUUACGACGAAUGGUGUCAAGAAUCUUUAAAGACGAAAUUAAUAUAUAUUUUUACAUAUAGUUACACGUAUUUACGCCUAUGUAGCUGUGCAUGCGUGACGAGAUUUAUAUAUUAUAGAGAAAAGAAUAAAACAUUCGUAUGUAUCGCAGUCGGGUUUGGGGUAUCCUGGACUCGAAAACUGGUAGCAUGGAAACGUUAAUUGAUUCGGCCAGUUCGAAAACCAUCAAUUACGCUUAUACCUCCUCGGUAAUUGCUGACGAUGAAUUCAUUAACGCCGCCGCACCCCCACACCAGCGUCCGAUGUUGCCGCCGCCACCACCUACUUCACAAGCUUCGCCAUCACCGCCACAGCAACCUAGUGACGUAUAUGACUGCUGCGUAUCGCUGGACGGAAUACCCAUCAAACACGAGUUUCAGUACACCUUUUCCGACACCGACGGGCAUGGGAAAAUCACCAAACACGAUGUCGAAGGACUGGCAACAAAAAUUCUCGAGUCUAUGUAUGGUACGACGUCGAAAUUCUCAUCGCGCGGCCAGCGAACCGUCAAAGUGACGCUUAACAUCAGACAAUCGGUCGCGGUAGUCGUGGACGGCGCGACGACUGGUACGCCGUACCGAGGUCACCAGAGCAGCCGCGAGCGCAAGACCAAAUCGUCGACGGAUAGACAUCAUCGUAGCAGGACGGAUGCGAUCGAAUCUGGAGUGUUCGACGAUGCGACACUGUUGGAACAGUCAGGUUAUCCUUCGGUUUACGACGGUGUCAAAGGGUCCUGGCUGCCGCAUCACAGGAGUGCCAAGCUGGGAGCACAGCGUUACAGGCGCGAACAACUGAUCGAAAUGGUACAAAGAAGUCUGGCGGAAAACUUGAGUUUUCAAAAUCAAAGAAAAUCCAAUAAGCCGGAGGUCGUUUACCACAGGCCGCGGACGAAGCGUCGCCAGACCGGAGCUCAACCGGCCAAGGUGGCGUGGAGCCCGUACGACUUCGAACCGGUUGCAUACAUCCCUUCGCACCAACACCACCACCUCCAGCAGCAGCAGCAGCACCGACAGUACGAGCACCUCAAGAACGUCAGGAGCCAGCAGCAGCAGUUGUACAGUAACGGUGUGACGGCCGAGGAGCACGCGGUCAAGUAUUCGUCGAGUCACUCCCGACAACACCACCGAGCCGCCGCGGUAGUCAGCGGCAGCAACCUGCAACAGUCGAAGGACUCGGCCGCGGCGGCCACCACCACCACUGCAGCCGCGACCGCCGCCCAGGAGCAGACCAAAAACAUCGAUCAUCAGCGCUACAAGCGUGCCAAAUUAGCGUCCAAGAAGAUCCAUCAUCACAUACACGAACACCAUCAUUAUCAUCACUACGACUAUUACAUCGUUUAGAUGUAAGACAAACAGUGUGUGUGUGUGUGUGCGCGCGCGAGAGAGAGAAAUAGAACAACAAAAUAGAACUGUUUAAUUCCUUUUCAUCAUGUAUAUUGUCACAACAUUAUUAUUAUUAUAUAAUACACAUUAUGUUAGUGUUUUUACGAACAUGUUUGCGCUGCACUGGACCGACCGGGUCGGCGACAUCGACAGAAAGCUUCUUUUCCUGCCAUAACAUUAUAUAUAGGUACUUAGAUUCCUUUAAUCCCUAUCCAAUCAUCAUCAAAUCACAACAAUACAAACAUAUCCAUUAAAACAUUCAAGUUUGGUUGUACGCCCUGCUCGUCUGCGUAUGUAUAUAUAUAUAUAUAUAUAUAUAUAUAUAUAUAUACAUCUUAUAUACACGCACAGUGCCAACUAUAAUUUAUUAUUAUCAUUAUUAUUAUUAUUAUUAUUAUUAUUAUUAUUAUUAUUAUUAUAUUAUUAUUUUUUUUUAACGCAUUUGUUUGAUAAUAUGCUCCUAUAUUAGGAUUUUGAUUGUGAUAUGUGUGUGCAGUAAAGUUUGAUUUGUGCGAGUAUAUGUGUAUUGUUCAAAUAUUAUACUUUCGGUGAUCUAUGCGAACACGGAUUUUUUACCGUUACUUACUAAUUUCCUCCCACAAAACAAACCAACAUCAUGUGAUCAAACUUUGAGCCACAUAUACAUAAUUAUCUGAAGUAUUUGUGAAUGUGUUUAACAGCCCAAGUUCCUCUUUUUGUAUGUGUACUAUUUUUAUUGUAUUUUUUUUUUUUUUAUAAGAUAAGUUUUUAAACAACAUUGUAAAGAACGUUAAAUUAAUAUUAUGCGAACAAAGACUAAACAUUUCUUUUCACAUACCGUAGUACAAUACCCGCAGUCGCUGCAACACCUGCCGCAGUGCUGCAGUUUUUUUAAAAUGAUUUUUUUUUAAACUAUUAACGUCUAACGAUUAUAAUAUUAUCAAUUGUGUAUAAGUAUGCUAUAAAAUAUGAUAUUAUUCUCUGGCUGUGCUCUCGCUAGAAUUUAAUAUUGCUAAUAUACGAAUUGUAAAAAAAAAACAUACGAAAUUUCAAUUUGACUUGUGUAAAUUUUGACUGUCAUUUAUAUUAUAAUGUUCACUGUUCAACAAUAAUAUAUUAUACUAUAAAAUAAAAUAAAAUCUGACAAACAAUAAAA